GAAUAAUGUCGGGCGGGAUGAGGACCACGUGUCGUGGGACUCGUCGACGCUGCGCUUCAGUCUCACGUGCGAGUCGCUGGUUCUAUUUCUACUGCUCACCUGGAUCAGCAGGCCGUGGUUGUUGCCGUCUUGCAGCCAGCGAGACACUGCUGGGUGCACGUCCAGACUUAUUGUGGAAUUACUGGUCAUGUCGAUCACCCGGCUGUCGAUUAGUCGCAGCAGAGGCUUGUGUUGGCCUUUUACACCUGGCCGGAUUAUGUCGUGCACUAAGAUUCGGGCUAAUUUUUUUGAUCCAGAUUCCAGUGCUAUUCGCGUCAAGCUUAAUUCUGCGGCUUUUAGGAUUUCUUCUUGAGGGAUGCUGCUCAGGUCGAAUGACAGCCGGAAACGAUUCGACGACUGGAAUUUUUCAUCCAGUGGGCUUUCUUUGGGGAUUGACGUUGACAGGGCGUAUUUAGAACACAAUAGGUGAGAAAGCGAGCCAUAUUCUGUUGUCCG